UGAUGUACUUUUUUAUAUAAAUUUAGGUGAAUAAAUAUCACGUGUUUUAUAAAUACUUUAUAUGAGUGCGACGAAGAUGGAAUAUGUAAAUAUUUAAAUGUGUGACUGACGGACUUGACGCGCGUAUUUUUAUAUUUUGUAAUUUUUUAAAGACUUUUAAGUAGAUGGCAGUGUAAUUUUUUUUUUAAAUUGGAGCUCAGUUUCUUUAGUGGAGAAUAGGUUAUGUACACGUGCUUAAGUUUUUUAAAAUUUGAAAUAUAAAUAUAAAUUGGUAUUUUGGUAAUUAGUUUGAAUUGAAUUAAAUAAAAAAAAUGCCGAAAGUUAAAACGGAAAAGAAAAGUCGGAUUCAUGAAAAAGUUGCUAGACAGGGUAUUUUAUUUAAUACGAAUCUUGGUCAGCAUAUUUUGAAAAACCCAAUGAUAAUCCAGAGUAUGGUAGACAAGGCAGCCGUGAGACCAACGGAUGUUGUAAUUGAAAUAGGACCUGGUACUGGUAACAUGACAAUGAAAUUACUUGAAAGAUGUAAGAAAGUAAUUGCUUAUGAAGUCGAUCCACGUAUGGUUGCUGAAUUACAGAAGCGUGUUCAGGGUACGCCUUUCAAAUCAAAAUUAGAAAUUCAAAUUGGUGAUGUACUGAAAGCUGACCAAUUACAUUUUUUUGAUCUGUGCAUUGCUAAUGUACCUUAUCAAAUAUCAUCACCAUUAAUAACGAAAUUAUUACUUCACAGACCGAUAUUUAGAUGCGCAGUACUGAUGUUCCAAAAAGAGUUCGCUGAUAGAUUAGUAGCCAAACCUGGUGACCGUUUAUACUGCCGUCUUAGUGUCAAUACUCAGUUAUUGGCACGCGUCGAUUUAUUGUUAAAAGUUGGCAAAAAUAAUUUCCGCCCACCUCCUAAAGUUGAAUCGAGCGUCGUCAGAAUCGAACCACGCAACCCACCUCCAGCAAUUAAUUUUAAAGAAUGGGACGGCUUAACGCGAAUAGCAUUUGGUAGGAAAAAUAAAAAACUACUGGCAUCAUUCAAUCAAACUUCGGUGAUAACUUUGCUCACGAAAAAUUAUAUUACUCAAUGUAGUUUUGACGAUAAGUUACCGAAACUAUCUGAAACAUUUACGAUGAAGAAGCUGAUUAAAAAAGUGUUGAAUCCACAAACGACAGAAGAUGACGAAGAUGACAAAGAAGACAGAGAAGACUUGGGUAACAAACGAGCACGCGAAUUGGACACCGAUGACUUUAUUGAACUUUUAUAUGCAUUUAAUAAAAGAGGAAUUCAUUUUGCGUGAUUGUAUUUCGUACAAUAAAUUAUUUUGAUAAUAAUAAUAAUAAUAAUAUUGUUGUAUUUUAUUUAAUACGAAUCUUGGUCAGCAUAUUAUGAAAAACCCAGAGAUAAUCCAGAGUAUGGUAGACAAGGCAGCCGUGAGACCAACGGAUGUUGUAAUUGAAAUAGGACCUGGUACUGGUAACAUGACAAUG